GAGGAAAAACUUGGAUUUUGGUGUAAAAAGAAGUACAGACGUGCUGGAUGUUGCAAGCCUGCCGCAACUACCCGGUCCACCUUAAAAAUGAGUGGGCGGGCGUAAGCGCUGUGGCCAAUGAGCGGCCAAGUUAGCGUUUAAAUAGCUCCUUGUGUCAAUCAUUUUUUUUCCUCUCCCCCCUCCUCUCAGUCAAGCUCCACUCUCAAUCCCAAGUACAUCUUUCAAUCGCCAUAUUGGGUACUGAGAAGGUUUGACCACCGUUUCUCUCACUACGGACGAAACUGACAGAGCGGCUUCAGUUCCUGAGCACUUUGUUUUGAUGAUCCGCGGAGACGACUGUGGGCUUCACGACGCCGCGGCCGUUACCGUCUCCAGCUCGACGUAUGCAUGGCAUAAGUCGUUUUACGCUUGUUUUGGAUCUUGCUCAGCGACAAGGAGAUACCCGUUGUUUUUGAGCGGUGUGUUUUUUUUUUCUUGUGAAAAACUGGACGCUCCCGGCUGUUUGAAAAAUCCUUUUAUUUCUUUGAGGGGAAAAUGUCAGAUGUGCGACUAUCAAACGGCAGCCCGACGUUGGAGCGGACGGACCCGCGGGUGUCGGAUCACCCGAAGCCGUCAGCCUGCAGAAGCCUCUUCGGCUCGGUGGAUCACGAAGAGUUAAAGAGGGAUUUAAAGGGACAUUUGCGGGAGAUGGAAGAGGCUGCCUCCGCCAAGUGGGGCUUCGACUUCGCCAAUCACACGCCGCUGGCCAACGGCAGGCUCGACUGGGAAUUAGUGGAUUGCAGAGACGUCCCGAAUUUCUACAGCGGGCAAACGCGGAGGGAGAAGGGCGUCUGCUCUGCUGGGAAUAACAAUGUGGAUCUUAAUGGGAAUCAUAACUGUGUUGUGGUUGCUCCGAGCGAAGACAGCGGCAGGUCUGACGGGCAGAUGGAGUGCACGGAGCAGUGCACCGGGCUGAGGAAGAGACCUGCAUGUCACGACCCCUCGGCCCAAACUAAGAGGUCACACACCAGCUCAGAUGAGGUUAGUUGUCCAAGCCUGAGCCACUCUGCAGAAUACACACCCAGAAAGACCAGUCCCAGGAGGCAAACGUGAGACGAGGAAACGAGCCGAAGAUGUAUUUCCCCCCUUUUACGUGGGAAACCUCAGUGUUGGCCGAUUUUUUUUUUAUUUUUUUUUUUUUGGGAAGAGGAACUACACAGCAUCAGAAACAUAUCAGCUCUCCUGACGACGGGGGAGGACGCUGUUGAAGCACUGAAUAGAAACACUAAAGUUGUGGCACUCAAUGAAAAAGUUACUGCCUCUAAAAGCAGUCAAUGUAGCAGUGUGCAAUUAGGUUUGAUUUCCUUUUUUGCUCCUUUUUUUUACUACCUGUGUGUAAAUAAAUAUACAUAUUAUAUAUUUCUUUCCAUAUGUAGCACAUAAGAAAAACAUUAUGAUUUGAUCACAAAUCCUCUAUGUAAAAAGGUGUGAAUUUUGAUUUGACUUGAAGAAUUGCAGUGUAGGUUUAUACAUGUUUCCCAAAUGCUGUUCUGAUUUUGUUAUUUUAUUUUCUGAAAGGCAGUGUGACUGACACAGUCCCUAAUUGCUACAUUUAAAACAAAAUCACGGCUUCUUACAGUUUCUUCACAGUGUAUCUUCACUCCGUCAUCUUCCUAACUCAGCAGUGAAGAACGGUACAAAUGUAGCUCAUCUGUUUGUUUUUCUUCCUCUGGUCACUUCGGUGUCACCAAGUGCAGGUUCUCCUAGAAGAUCUGUUUCCCCAGGAAAUCAGUAGGAAAAAAAAUUACAAUAUUUCUGUAAGGACUUCCUUUACAUCACCCGAUAUUUAUUUUGUGAUAGGUGCGCUUAGCAUCAGUUGAAUCCUGGAAAAUUAUCUUUUUUUUUUUUUUUUUCCAAGUUCUCCUGCACACCUCAGCCACAUGAUAAUGGUGUGUUUGAUUUCCUCUGGAGUUGUGAGGUACUCAGAUAUUGAAGGACAAAGACCAUGCAAACUGCACAGGUUGUGUUGUAACGUCAUCCUCUCUUUGACUGUAUUCCUUUUGUUUUCAUCAGCCUUAAUGCUCUUCAGAGAGGAGGUUUUCUGAGUGGGGUUGAAUGUCCUACAAUACCAAAUACAUGGUUGCUUCAGUACGGUUGCCAGCGCCACCUGUGCUCCUUAAUUGACUUCACAUCGUCUUACUUUGUGAUAACCUUGACUUAAAUUUGCAUAUAUGUUUGUACUUCUUUCACCAAUGUUGUUAGCCUGCUGAGGAUGCAGAUGUGAGCAUCUAAAAGCUUCCCUUUAUUUGCCUAAAGUGUGGGUUAUAUUCAAAGAGACCAGUGUACACCUGGAUGGAGAGAGAAAACAGCUCGUCUCAGAAAUGCAGUCACCAUGCCUGUGUAUUUGUGUAAAUCUUUGCAAUGUACCUAUGUACAUAAUUUUGUAAAAACACUGAGAAAUUAUACUAACUUAUUUAUGUCAAGCUUUUUUAUGUAGAAUAAAAAUGGGUUUUUGA